AUGACAACAAAAGGAACCAAUUUGCAGAAAGCAGGCGUAAAGAGGAUGAACUUUAAAGUUGUUGUGGCGCAAAUGUUCCAGUACUGGUUGUUUGCCAACUUGAGAGGAAUGAGCGAGAUGUUGCGAAAGAAGGAAUUACGACAAGAUGGAAUAUCUGUGGAUAGAAAUCAAAAGAAGGGUAAGGGGAAAGGAGAAGAGGAGGGAUAUAUUUGA